AUGUUCCAGCGUAUUCGCGGUGCAAUAGAUGCUAGGAUUGCUGAAGAGCAGGCCCGGCAACGAGCUGGCCAGGGAACAGUUUCACGGUCCAAUUCGGCUGCACGGAAAUCAAACAGCUCGUCCCCGUCCCAACGAUCGAGCCGCAUAAAACAAGAUAGCACCGGAGUCCCGGCUCGAGGACCAGAUCCGGCGGAAUUCGAUGGCGAAAACAUUGCUGGAGACGAUGAACCGGUGACGGGGACGGCCUCACCUGGCCAAGAGUCAGACAAACCUGCCCCAGGGAGCUCCAGCCAGGUCAAGGAGGACGGCAACGAGACGUCUGCAGCUACGUCGAAGGACGGGGCUCAGAAUGAAUUACCCACCGAUAUCCGAGUCAAGUUGCGAAGACUUGACAAACUGGAAUCUAGAUACCAAGAAUUACUCAAGGCAUAUCGAACGGCGCAUGCACGAGUCCUUACCAUCGAGCCAUUUGAAACUGCCCUCCGUGAAAACACACCUCUCACCUCCAUUACCGACCCCCGUGCAUUGACCGAAUACCUUAACCAGAUAUCAUUGAAAGGUGACAUGGUGGUAGAGGAAUUGAAGCGAGUAUCCUCGGAGCGUGAUGACUUUAAGACCAAGCUAGAAUCUGCUGAGAAAUCAGCGAAGGAGGCGUGGGAUGAGGUCGCUUGCCUGAAUAAGAAUAAGAAGGCUGCUGGAGAAGUCCGGACGGAUGAUGGCGAACGGCUCGAAAAGAAGGCCACACCAGAUAUUCCGCCGAUUGCUUUACCCAAGGAUGAGACUAUAGAAAAUCCUCAAAAGUCACCAACUCCUUCGAUGACGUCCAUUGCAACUGCUAUACCUGGCCUGUCUAUAUUCUCCCCUCGAACGAAACCAGUUUCUUCACCACCCCCAGUAGAGGAGGCUGAAGAAUUCUUUUCCUUCGAUAAUGAGAUUCCACGAUUAGAGUCUGAGCUUAAGGCACGGGAGAAUGAGGUUACUGGCUUGAAGUCUCAGGUUAAGACGCUUACGAAUGACCUUGCCGUAGCUCGCGAGUCAACGGAAGGCAUGGUACACAGUUUGGAAUCUGCUACACGCGAGCUGAGUGGGUUACGCGAGAACAAGGAUCGUCAAGAAGCAAAGCUAGCCAGUCAAGAAUCAUCUUUCAAAGAACAAGUCGCAUCUCUUGAAUCGAAGCUGGAGUCUGCCACGUCAGAUCUAGAAAGGUCCAAUGCAGAAAUGGAAAACCUGAAGUCACAAAUAAAAGACAAAGAAGAGGAAAUUAGCCAGAUUAAAGCAGAUAUGAUCGAGCGAGAGCAGAAGAUGGAUGGAGAGAAGGCAAAUGACAAGCGAUUAGAGAUACUCCAAGGAGUAGUGACGAACUUGAAAUCGCAGCUCAAAGACGCUGAAGAUGCAUGUUCUUCCUUGAAGGCGGAGCUGUCUAUCAAGGAAGAAGAAACAGAGUCUCUCAAAGCUGUUGUCAACUUUGUAGACGGUGGACUUGAGGAUAAUGACACAUGGAAGUCUAUCAGGGGUCGACUUUCCAAGGGCGAAGCAGUUGAUUUCGCAGAGGUCAAAGAAAGCAUCGCAGCUAUGGAUUCUACAAAAUCAAUCACGGAUACCAGUAGCCAACCUGUUGUUACCGUGGCAACAAGUUCGAAGAAGAAGAAGAACAAGAAGAAGAAAGCUGCUAAGCAGGAACCCGAAGAAGCGACAGAAGCUUCGAACGUCAAUGACUUACAGUCCUUACCGGCGAACACUGAUGUCAUUAAGGACCUCGAGCAGAAGAUUCAGGAACUCGAGACUGAGAUUGUGGAGAAAGAUGCUGCAAUUGAUCGCCUCCACUCGAGGCUCAAAGGAGAAGAGAACUUACGUGAGGAAAUCGAGACUCUACAGGACGAAGUAGUAAACCUCGGGCAGGAUCAUGUCGAAGCCAAGGAUAAAGUCAAAGAAUUACUUGCGCAGAAAUCUGCCCUUGAGCAGAGUGUCCAAGACUUUGAGAAGGAACUAGCUACCCUACGUACAAGUUCUACUGAAUCCUCCGAAGCAGUGAAGGCUCAUAAAGACUUAUCGGCGGAGUUUGAAGAUCUAAAAUCAAAGGCAAUGACCUUGGAGACGGACUUGAAUGCAGCUCAACAGCUGGCGGCGACAAGAUUCAAGGAUCUCACUGAUCUUAGAGAGACCUUGCAAAAGAUACAGCCCGAGCUACGCUCCUUGCGAGCAGAGUCAGCAGAGCUUAAGACGGUGAAAGAGGAAUUGAAGGUGAAGACGUCGCAGAUAUCAGACCUGGAGCGAAAGCACGAGGCUUUACGCUUGGAGUGGAAGAACAUAAAAUCCUCAAUGGACGAGAAAGAUUCAGAAGUGAAAACCCUUCGCCAAAAGAUUAGCCAGGAGACGAACGGAAGGCUAAAAGCAGAGCAAGCUCUUGAAGUAGGGCAGGCCGACCUUCGCUACUCAGAAGGAAAGAAGCAAGAAGCAAUAGAGACGAACGAGAAGACUUUACGAGACCUUUCAAGAACCGAGGCCGAUCUUCGAGCGUCCCAGACAAGACUUCGCGAAGUUGAAGCCCAGACUGCUCAGCUUAACAGAGAUAUCGAACGGUUACGCGAUGAAAUCAAUCUCAAGACCGCCCAGUAUGCCAGUGCACAGAGUCUGAUGAGCAGCAUGCGAGAUCAGGCGUCAGAAAUGGCAAUGCAGGUGAAAGAGACGACCGAAAGAUGCGAGGGUCUAGAGGAGGAGGUCGCCGAUGCUCAUCGCCUUCUCUCUGAACGAUCGCGCGAAGGAGAAACGAUGAGACGUUUGUUAUCUGAUAUUGAGAUAAAGGCAGACAUCAAGGUCCGAGAGUACAAAGAGAGGCUUGAAUCUGCCAUUGAAGAGCGGGAUCGAGUAGAAGACGAAGCCAACUCAGCCAACCGACGACGCGCAAGGGAAAUGGAGGAACUGAGGACAAAGGCCCGGGAUGCUGAGAAAGCCCUGAGAAGGGUGGAGGAAGAUAAAGACGAGGUAGAACAUGCACAGAGAGAGUGGAAACGACGACGAAACGAACUGGAGUCCCAGUUAGAGCACUCCACCCAAGAACUUGCCGAAGUCAAGGACGCCAUGUCGCAGCUACGUGAUGCACUUGACGAGAGUGAGCGACAAACCCGGGAUCUUGAAAAAGAGAAGGCAUCCCUUCGGCGAUCUUUGGAGGAAACUAGCCAGCGUCUGGACAAGCUUAAACGAACCAACAGAUCCCUUACGAAUGAUUUAAAGGCUUCCCAGCUGCCAAACAAGCGUGGAAUUGACUCCGGCAACCGAUCACCACGGUCCUCUCUUGAGUCAGCCAGACAGCGUAGCGUAGUAUCUCCGCCUCCAGGGGCCGGUACUAGAAACGGGUCGAUCUCACGAAGCGAUACGCCCACCCUUACUGGCUCCAGCUCAAUCGACUAUGUCUAUCUCAAAAACGUCUUACUGCAGUUCCUGGAACAGAAAGACAGGAACCACCAGAAGCAACUGAUCCCUGUCCUAGGGAUGUUGCUGCAUUUUGAUCCAAAGAACGCCGAGGGUGAAAACCUAUUCUCUGCCCGACAGGGACUUGACGGCUUCACCAUGUCUGACCAAGCGACUGUAAGACUGGCUACAGAAGAUGAUAUCCCUAUCAUCCUGCAGUUCAUCUACGAACUAGCAGAGUACGAAAAUUCCACGCACGAAGUCCAAGCUACCGUCUCUUCUCUGAAAGAAACUCUCUCGUUCCCUGACGCACCAAAGCGAGGUUCCGUAUAUACGUUCCUAAUCAUCCCGCCAGCAACUGAAGCCGACGGCGAGCCCAAGCCAGCGGGGAUGGCCCUUUAUUUCUACAAUUACUCAACGUGGCGAUCGGCACCUGGUAUAUAUCUGGAGGAUCUAUACGUCCAACCGGCCUAUCGCGGCAAGGGGUACGGGUUCAAGUUGCUUCGAACCCUGGCAGAAGAGGUCACUCGAAUUGGGGGAAAACGGCUUGAGUGGUCGGUUCUGAAGUGGAACGAGCCGAGCAUAAAAUUCUACAAGUCUAUUGGAGCAGUUCAAAAAGAUGAAUGGCUAGGGAUGUGCGUUUCGGGGGACGCUUUGAGCAAGUUGGCUGGUCAAUAG